UUGACCUGAAUCAUUUUAUUUUAUUUUCCCCUACGUUUUCAACUUUCCCCGCAUGAAAAAUAAAUAAUUAAAAAGUAAAUAGUUAAAUAGACGAUAAAUGAAAUGCGUUCAAUCUUCAUUACGUCCCUGCCCUGCUUUCCAAAAAUUCUCAAUGGGAUAAAAAUGAUGACGACCAUCUCGACCCCAUUACACCCUUAACUUUAAACCUCCUUCGAGAGUGACAUUCCACCAUAACAACCCGGUAGCUAUUAUCUUCCGCCAAUAGAAGCCCUUCUCUUAUGGUUAGACCUUCAAAAUCCUCAACUAACGAUUCUCUACGUGUAGGCCGCCAUGGCUGGCUGCCCAACCUCAUCAAGAAUAACAAUAACAGUGCCUACAUUCUCCCUCUUUAGCUGACGCAUCAGCACACAAGUAGGAGUUGGCCUAUGGCCACCAGCGUAAAGGCUAGACACUGCCUCCCUUGGUGGUUCUCCAGGUCGAACCGUAUUGUGCCCUCCCUAAAUCGCCCAUAUCUACUAACCCAAUUUCUUAUCAUUGCCUCUAUCCACCUCAUUUACACCUCUCUCACAGUUACCUAAGGGCAUUAGUUGGUCACACCAAAUUUGGUGUAACUUCUACACCAAAUUUGAUGUAAUCUCUCCAACCAUUUCAUCAUAAUCUCAACCAUACAAAUUAGUAUUUUAACAUCAUCUUCUAUAAAAUAGCAUACUAUACCUUCAUUUUCUCUUACCUUAACUCUCUCCAAAUCUUCACUUCACAAGAAAUAGUUAAUCUUACCUUCAUUUUCUCCAAAAUCUCCUCCCAUGGGUUUAACUAAACGAAGUUCUUCAUACACAAACGAAGAAGACUUACACUUGUGUCAUGUAUAUCUUGAUAUUUCAACAAAUUCGAUUAAGGGUAUUGACCAAUCAAAAGAUCAAUUCUGGUCUCGAGUUGAUCAUCACUAUAACAACACGAAGCUAGACUCUAUCCGUCAACCUCGACCUAAAAGAUCCUUGCAGGCUCGAAUGCAAGUUAUUCUCACUGCAGUUGGGAAACUGAGGGGAUGUGUUCGGCAAGUUGAAAAUCUGAAUCCAAGCGGGGCUUCAGAACAAGAUAUUUUAUACCAAGCCAAAACAUUGUUAGCACAAGAUAAGAAUUACAAGAAGGGAUUCAAAUUUGAUCAUAUAUGGCCUAUUCUUAAAGAUAUUGAAAAAUUUCGACUCGAUGUUAACACAACAACAUCAAUCUUCCAAAUGCAAAGUGGUAACUUUGCAUCAUCACAAUCGAAGUCUCCCACUUCAAUAUCUCCGGGAUCGUCUUCAUUUGGUCUUAAUAUAAAUGAAGAAAAUGUAGUUGGUGCUUCAACUGAACGACCCAUUGAGGUGAAAAAAGCAAAAUUAGAAAGUAAAAAUGAUGAAGAAAAUCAAAAGGUUAUUGACACGAUUAAAGAUGAAAAUCGGCAACCUGCUGAAAUUUUCAGAAAGGAAAGCGAUGAUAGACAACAAAUUUUUGAAAUUCAAAUGCUAAGAGCUCAAAACGAGUCAAAAAAAUUGGCCUUAACAGAAUAUAGAGAAGAAAAUAAAAUUUUACUUAAGGAUUUGAAUUCCAUAUCGGAUCCAACUCUACGUAAGUUUUUUCAAAAUGAACAAACAAGAAUUUUGCAAAAAAGAGCUCACCAACAAGGUCAAGGAUCUCAAAGUACGUCUGGUUCUUCUGGUGAAUAUUUUGACGGUCUUGACUAAUAGAUUAGGAUUGACAGCAAGCUGGAUACGAAGGAAGGAGUUAUGCUUCUCUAAAAUCAGGCCACUACGCAUGUAUGUAUUUAAUGAUAUUUGAUGACUGGGGGAAGGGGGGUUCUGAUGAAGGGUGCACCUUCGGAGUUGGUGUAGAGAGGUGGUGGAAACAGCAUAAGAUCGCACGGGUUAGGCUCCCCAAUUCUUCUUGCUUUUCUAAUCUUCCUUCUAUGCUAUACUAUCUUAAUGUAAUCUUGAGUGGGCUUAUAGUCUAGCCUUUCAAGUUCUAUUAAGUGAAGUGGGAUCGUGCUAUUGUUAAUUUAUUCUUAA